AUGAAGCCCCUGACGCCCAUCGGCUCGCCCUCCCCGCUGCGGCUCCUGAACAAGGGGCCCGAGUACCUGCGUAGGCAGAUGGACGGGGGCGGGCGGGGCCCCUCCAUCAGCGCCGUCGAGCGCCUGGAGGCCGACAAGGCCAAGUACGUGAAGAGCCAGCAGGUGAUCAACGCCAAGCAGGAGUCCGUGCUGGCGCCCUGCGCCACCCCUCCGCCCCCCCCGCGCCGGCCCCUGACCGUGCCGGGGGGCUCCUGCGCCUCCACGCCCCGCGCGUCCCCCCGCAGGGCCCCCGCCACCCCCCCCGCCGCGCGGGACCACAACGAGAACCAGGAGAACGAGAAUGACGGCCGCGGUGGCGGCAAGAAGGAGAACCGGCGGGCGGCGGGCGGCGUGGACGUGGAGGAGCGUAACCGCAGCAACGCCAACAGGGUGGGGCUCGCGGCGGUCGGCACGCCGACGGCGAGGACCCCCCUGCCGCUGGUGGCCCCCCACAGCGCCCCCGUCCUGCGGAGGAGCACGGGGAAGAGGAUGAUGCGCCCCGACUCGCUGGUCAUCUACCGGCAGAAGAAGGAGUGCAAGACGCCCAGCGGGGGAGGGGGCGGGAACGGGGUCUCCAGCGCGGAGCUGAAGGGGUACAGCUUCGUCCGCCGGCUGUUCCAGGGCUCCAUGCGGGAGAAGAGCGGCGGGGGAGGGCCGGCGCUGGACGGGCCGGGGUCCCCGAAAAUGCUCAUGGGCGAGGAGAGGACGCCCUCGCGCGACGGCGACUCCCGGAUGUCCUGGACCAAUGAGAGCGGGCAGGACAGCAGGAAGGGGGCGGAGCGGAGGCCGGCCACGCCCGCCGGCAGCUGCGUGCUGGAGAGGACUAAAAACGAGGCGCUCCUCGACGGGAACGCCAACGGGAACGCCGCCGGGAACGGGAACGUCGCCGGGAACGGGAACGUCAACGUCAACGGGAACGCGGCCCAGGACUGCGGGGACCCCUGGGAACCGGUGGUGGUCCCCCGGCGCGGGGCGGGGGGGCUCCAGCGCUCCAAAUCGGACCUCCGGCUCCGCUGCUCCGUGGCGCUGUCGGAGCAGGAGCGCUUCUUCGACUUCUGCGGCCUGGACCUGGACCUGGUGGAGCGCCUCGGGCCCCAGAACUUCCUGUCGGGGGCCAGUUCGGUGGACACGCUCUCGCUGGUCCUCCGCAGCGUGAGCGGGGGGGGCUCGGACGCCAGCGAGUUCUCCCGGCAUUCCGGGGACGGGCUCUUCCAGGAGGAGCUGACGGAGCAGCUGCCCUCCGGCGUGUCGAUCAUCGAGAGGAACGCGCGCGUCAUCAAGUGGCUCUACAGCUGCCGGAACGCCGUGCGCGAGGGGCCCAAGGAGUCCACCGUGUAA